CUUUGUUCCACUUUGAUUCAACAGCUGAUAUGACUUAUUGACCAAGCAUAUAGCUAGGAGCGAGCGAGGGCAUCUAUUUGGCAGACUGCUCUGACCAACCUGUCGAAGAAAACAGAUAUAACAGAAGACACAAGAAGAUAAACCCCUUCCGUUAACACUAUAUCUUACAUUAUCUUUCGUCCCUCCGACCGUGGCCAUGUCCAAUUUGAAGUAUCGCAGUGACGUCGCCAGAGAACUUGCGAUUCAGAGGAAUAUCCUGCCCACAACGAGGAGUUAUCAUACAGAGUUAUAUACUUCUCAGUGGAAAAUUGCAUCUAUGGCAGCAGCGUCCAAAGUGAUUCCAGAACUAGAAAAAGCGGGCGCAGGAGAUACUAAUCUUUUAUUAGUACUUCUGUGUUUUCUAGGCAACUCUAUUCUCCCCCUAGAUUUACUUUCUCGUGGAACAGCACCUCGCAAACGCUGGAAUGACCAUGGCGGCAUUGAGGAUAUGGAUGUACUUCAUUAUGGUGUGUCCUAUGAAUUAUUUAGGAUUUGUUCAUCUCCUACAAAGCUGGGUAGUAUAUUAUCCCGGCUUCAAUCAUUUUCGGCCAUCUCAAAGGUUUCUGAGCAGACCUUCAAGCUAGAUAACUCUCUUCCAGCUGCUGUCAUUGGUACGAUUCCUAUCGAGUUUCAUCCAUUUUGGAGGCUACAAGCAUUGACCAUUGCGUGUCAUUCAAUUCCAUGGAAAUAUCUGGAGCCUCCGUACCGUAUCCUGCUUACCCGGCCCAUUAAUGUUGAGAAGCUGACUGUGACUAGACCAUUCAAUAUGGAACUAUUUCUCCUCCACAUUCGGUACACGCUGCAAGAGGCUCAAAACCAUAAAGUUUUCGAGAACAUGUCACCAGCAGUCAAGACGGAUAUAGCUCUUAGCAUUAUAGAAGCUUCCAGAUUCCCUGGAAUGGAGUGGAAACAAUUCGCAAUCAGUCAAUCGAAAGAGAUCCUGAGCAGUGUACAGGAUAAUUACGUCCAAUCUUGUAUUGCGCAAAGAGAGUCCGUACUUCACCGUAUAACAAGCUCUACUGAUCAAUUAUUCCGACCUCUUGAGAAUAGCCAGCACGAGACCGUUCCAGGACAUGUUAGCAAGAAGCUCCAUUCUGGCUCUGGGCAUGGGGCUAUUCAACGCGCCCUGGAUCACAUUCAAGUAGAGGAGCUCACGAAUGCGGCAGAGGUUUUGGCUGCUUGGGAACCAAUUUCUCCACCAUCAUCAAUGGAAAUUGUUGUGCUCUUUCGGAAACACAUCAUAAUGGGCAAAAUUGAACGUUAUCGAGGCAACUUCAAAGAAUCGUUGGCGCAUCUCAUGAUAUCCAUAAACCUAGUCAAUGACUACAAAGAUAUCGUUUUUCUUGAAGAUUCCAGCGAUUUGGUCUGCAGUCUUGCGGACAUAUAUCUCGAACUGGAAGAUCCAGUCGCUGCUGAAAGAUGCCUUCGCAAUGAGAUUGCACAGCGAAGAACAGGCUCUGUCACUUUACUGAGAUUAACUCUAGCGGAAUCCCUCUUUGCGCAAGACCGACAAUUCGACGCACAAGUUAUCUGUAAUGAAAUCAAAUCUCUUCCAAAACUGUUGAGAAUGGAGAAAUUACGCUUAUCCAUUAUUCUAGCAAAGCUGGCACAUAUCAAUGCUAAAUAUAACGAAGCUUUAGGCUAUUGGACUGAAGCACUUACUUCCAUCAGCCGGUAUAACUUGACUACCGGUCAGUCCACACGCAUAAUUCUCCUCUCCAUGUGCGAUGUCUUACGCCAGGCGAGGAACUUGGAUACUGGGAUAGAGUCUCAGAAUCAAUUGAGAACUCAGGAGCAAUUGAGAAGUAUAGAAGACCUUACGGGGCCAACGGGGGUCUUCUAUUGGAUUGGCGGUUUACGUCAUUGGUUGAGAUACUUGGAAUCCAUUAACAACUGUAGUCAUGUGUAAUGCCAUAAUUCACACAAUAUUACACUCAACAAC